AUGUUCCUACGGGGAAUGGUGAGUUCUAUCAAAGCAAUGUCCAAGUCAGUUUGCAUCAUCGGCGCCGGGCCUUCCGGGCUCGUGGCCGCCAAAACGCUAUUGCAUAACGCGCCAAAGGGAGAGUUCAAAGUCACCAUCUUUGAUAUCCAAGACGAUGUCGGUGGGCUGUGGCCCACAUCGUUGGCCGAUGAUAAACGUCAGGUCCAUCCCUUGAUGGUAGCCAACCAGAGCAGGCAUACGAUGCACUUCAGCGACCUUGCCUGGGAGGAGAGCUGGCCACAGAUACCGUUGGGAUGGCAGGUUGGACAGUACCUCAAGCGCUACCAAGAACGAUACUUGUCUGGGCAUGAAAGCUUCUCGCUCGAACUUGGGACUCGCGUUGCAAGUGCAGUGCCUCGCGAUGGUCCAGAGCACGGCUGGAAUGUGGUAUUGAGAAAGGGCGAGAGCGAAGAGACCAAGUCGUUCGACUAUGUCCUCGUGGCAUCCGGCUUCUUUGGAAAGCCCAUCAUUCCCGAGUGUCUGAGCCCGCCCAAAAAGGUCCCUAUCGUCCAUAGCAGCGCAUACCGCGACUUGGAGAGCUUGCUGAGCGAUGCAAAGCCGGGCGGUGGGAAGAUCCUGGUGAUAGGUGGGCAGAUGUCGGGGGUAGAGAUUGCUGGGACGAUUGGUUCCCAUCUUUCCAGUGCCAUACAUUCUCCUGAGAGCAGCAAGAUCCCGGACAUUGACAAGUAUAGCAUUCAUCACGUUAUCCAGCGGCCGAUAUGGGUGUUUCCCCUCUACACCAGCCCGGAACCGUCAUUCUCCGCAGCCCCAUUUCUGCCAUUUGACUUUCCAUCAUAUAACUUGAACCGCCGGCCUCAUCCUCUCGCGAAUAGCCAAGGCCAUAUUUCCCAAGAUGUUGCUAAGCUCGUUAAUGGCAUAUUUGAAACUACCCUUGGAAAUGACCAAUCACCAUUCUCCAGCCAGUUGCAUGUCAAGGAGGAGAGGAGGACAGAACAGCCCUACCUGGCCGCAAGUGAUUGGUACUGCGAGUUUGUGAGGUCCGGGCUAAUCACGCUUACAACCGGCAAAGUCGAAGCCCUGCAAGGUACAACCGCGACGAUUUCACCUGACGUUGAGCUGGGAGACAUCGCGGCAGUUGUCGUUGCUACCGGCUUCGACGCCUCGCCUUGUCUGGACUUCCUACCCAGGGACAUUCUCUCGACACUGCAUCACUCUCCUCGUCACGUUGACCAACCGGUCGCUCUCGCAUUCCAUGGAACUCACCACCCGCAAGUCCCACGACUGGGCUUUGUAGGUUUCUACAGAUCACCUUAUUGGGGAGUCAUGCAAAUGCAAGCACGGUUCUUGGCAAGGUUCUGGUCCGGGUCCAGAGAUAAGCUUGUCCCAGCUAAGUUUGAUAGCAAGCUUAAGUCGGAUGAUUCGAUAGAGAGGACGUUGGGUUUGAGAGACGACCCUCGCGUUUCGCAAUUCCCGAUGGGUGACUACCCUUUCCUCAUGCAGGAGUUUGCCGAAGCGUUGGGUUUAACUCGGGAGCCCCCGGCGAUGGCAGGGUUGCCCGAACUUUCUGUCAACAACCAGCCCCUGGACAUGCUUACCCCUUCGAGGUAUAUUGACACGGCGGAUGACGACAAGGCAAGGGAGGAGGCUGUGACUUCUCUCAAGAGCGCCCGCGAUGUCACGCUGAGUGCGCUGACAACGCCACGUUUUGUGGCUAGGGCCGUAUUCCGCAGCCUCUUGGGCACCUGGAAACUUGAGCGGGACCUGGUCAGCAAGCUCCCGUCUCAUCCCAGCGGCCACUUUAGUGGCACGGCCCGAUUUCUAUUGCGCGAGGCGACCCUGGAUGGGCUUCAGUGCGUGAGCAACGACGGUGGAUCCACAGCGCCGGGCCGGUCCCGGGGCCUGGAAUACCUCUACAUUGAGGAGGGCGAGUUCAAGACAGACCUGGGAUUCGGCUUCAAGGCAAGCAGGCGGUACGUAUGGCGGUACGACGAGGACCGGGACGUCCUCAGCCAGUGGUUUGUUAAACCGGACGAUGAGAAGCGGGUAGAUUACCUGUUCCACGAGAUCAAGUUCCUACAGCCCGACGACAGAGAAAAGGCCGAGAGCCAAGGGUGGCAAGCCCAGGCGGGUCAUCUGUGUAUCGACGAUUUUUACAACGUCAAGUACGACUUUUCAUUCGAGGCCGUGAACCUGAAGCAGUGGAGCAUCGGAUACACGGUCAAGGGCCCGAAGAAGGACUACUCGAUCAGCGGGACAUAUACGCGGUAG